AUGCACCCUAGACCGAAAGAAAGAGUAGUAUCAACGUCAUCGACAGGAUUGACAGGAUCGACAGGAUCGAAUGGAACGACUCGACCCGACCCUUCCACUCCUAUAUCUCAAAUUGAGGUAUUGUACAACACAGCCGUCCAAUCCUUUGUCCGGCGCGACCACGUAAAAACUCAAGCUGUUCUAUCUCGAUUAUUAUCACUGUUGGAUGAUCAGCAAAACCAGAACAAUGCAAGGGGAAAGGCAAAGUCAACUGCGUGGUAUGACCUAGAUUUGGAUGGGGUGGUUGAUGGAGAAGAGGUAGAACAAGUGGAUGUGGAUGAAUGGAUGAUCAAAACGUUGAAAUUAUCAAUAUCCUCCCCCACUUCCUUAUACACCGAUCCACCUACUAAGACUACUACUUUGCCUAAAGAAAUCACCAAUCUCCUCCCACCUACUACCCCAGACAAGCUAUUGGAUCACCUACUACAGUUGUGUAAAGAACAUUUAUCGGUUGAUAUCUUACCACCUCAAAUCAUUUCGACUUUACUCCUCGCUUCACUCAAAUUACGACCUUCACCUCCAUCAUUGGAUUUCGCACAUCGACUAUCAGAAGAUUGGCUCACAGCUUUACCCGAUCAAUUUAUCGCUGCCAUCUCUCCUCAGAUAGGUAACAGGGUAAAAGAUGUCAAGAAAACGAAGAGGGUGGAAGGUGCCAGAGAAGGGUACAUGAAAGUGGUUGAGUUGUUUGUAGGUGAAGUGUUAAGCAGAGAAGGUGAAUUUGAAAUGGCGAGAGGGUUCUUGGAUGGUGAGAAUAUAUUGGGAUCAAAGAGAAAAGAGGCUUUAUAUAAACAUCUUCGAACAGUGCAAACUACUCCCCAAAAUCAGAUACCUACCCCUUCACCAUCUUCAUCCCUCGUCUUACCAUCCUCCUCAUCCUCAAGGUCAAGAUCAGGAAGUAGCAGUACCACCUCGUCCAGUUCCAGUGAACGUACAGCUAGACCCAAUCAUGUUCAACAACUAGGUUUACAAAGUCAGAAUAUUCCUAUUUUGAGUAGGGAUAAAGGGAAAGGUAAAAUUGAAGCGAAGGAAUUAGAGGACGUGACAGGAAUGGAUAAGGAUAAGGUCACUUCAUCUGGACCUGGAUCCGGAUCGAAAUCAUCUAAACUCAAAAAUAACCCUGCAAGUGAAUCAUCAACUUCGAGAUCCAAAUUAUCAGAAGAAAGAGAUACUGCUAUUAACUCGAGAAUUCACCAACUCAUCUUAUCAAUCUUCCCUUCCUCGAUAUCCCAAAGACUCGAUUCCCUUCUAGGGAACAACCUCUCUUACUUCCUUUCGAUACCUAUUCCUCUAAUUAUCAUUUUAACCCUCAUCAUCCGUCUUCGUCGUCGUAAUCAACGACGCAACAUGAAUUCAAGCCUGUCGCCCACGACGCAGAAUGGUUUAGUAGAUGUCAGAACCAGAUUGAGAUUAGCGAGAAUACGUCAGAGAGGUUGGUGGGGUUGGGUCAUGCAUUAUCUGAAUUGGUGGAUAAAUAAAUUUGGAGGGGUGUGGAAAUUGGGUACGACUAUUACUUAUUUGUAG